UGCGGAUACCAAAACAUACGCACACCACCUUCUCUUAUGACAAAUCACAAACACAGUUACAUAGAGCUUCUACCUUGAAACGCUUAGAGAGCGCCACUUGUCUUGUCGCUUGAAGUUUACAUAGAAAUUGACAAGAGAGGGCAUUCUUUAUAUUUUUAUUCUUUGGUUACGGCCUACAUAGAGGAGCAUCCUGACAAGGGUAACUUCAAAACUGGCAAACCAAGUCGGGCAUGGUUUCAAAGUUUUAUGAACCGGCACAAGGAGCUUGCAAUCCGGAAGCCAGAAAGCGUGACUAAUGCGAGUGCCAAUGUUGUGGAACAAAAUAUAAGGAAGUGGUUCGCGGAAGUUUAUGAACUUUUUCAGGAAGAGGGCCUAGUAGAAAUUCUUCGAAAAGCAAAGUGUGUCCUGAACCGCGACGAAUCAAGUUUCUAUCUCGAACCAACUGUAGAUAAAGUGAUCGCCUUGCGAGGUCAAAAGAACGUCUACAAAGUUGACCAGGGGCCAGCCAAGAAAAACAUAACGGUUAUGUUUACCUGUUCGGCCUAUGGGAAAAUGUACCCACCAAUGGUAGUUUUUCAGUACAAAAAACUCCCACUGAAGUUAUCCAAAGUGUGCCCGUGGAUUGGGGCAUAGGGAAGACUGAUUCUGGAUGGAUGACGACGGAUUGUUUUCGUAAGUACAUACGAUACGUGUUGCAUCCACAAAUGGUCGAAGAUGCUCUCCCGGCUAUUUACUUCAUUGAUGGCCACUUUUCACAUAUGGCCUGGGUGACCGCUGAUGAGUGUCGAAAGUUGGGCAUCCAUCUGGUAUGCCUGUACCCAAAUUGUACUCGAAUUUUACAGCCCCUGGACGUGGCAGUAUUCAAACCCCUUAAAACAGCUUGGCUUCGCGUUGUUCAAGAUUGGAAGCUGAAAAAAGAGAACAAAUAUCUGAAAAGCGAAAACUUUUCACCACUUCUGGUAAAAGCGAUUGAUGCGGUUGAAGAUAAAGAUAUCGUGAAAGGGUUUGAGUGCUGCGGGUUGUUCCCGUUUGACGCGAACAAAACCGACUACUGUAAGUGCUUGGUCCGAAAUCCGUUAUCGACUCAACCAGAAGAGCAAGCUGAAAUUGGGGGCAGCACAAAUGUGGAUUGUCGACUUUCAAAUUCGAACUCAGUUCCAUCUGCAGAAGGUCAUUCGAAGAUUGUAAAUGAUGUUACUGCUACUUCUGUCGAAACGGUUUCAGCUAACCGAAGGAAAGCUGAAGAAAUACUUCAAUUAAUGGGACCUGACCGUCGAGAAAGGUAUCAAACUCGUGAUGCAGACGAUUUUGACUCGCUGGACGACCUUAUUCUCGCACGGGUUUUCAAGUUACUCGAACCUCUAGACUGCAACGCAAAUGCUCAAGAUCUCUCCGAAGCAACCGAAGGGAAUGCCGAACGCUUAACAGACGGCGCUGGACCGACCGAAGAAAUAUUAACGGAAUAUUUAAUCGACGAAACAGAACACAAGUUGGAGGGUCACUACAUUUUGGAAAUUGACCAUGUAGCACCUGUGGAAGAUGCAGCAGCGAACGAAAAACUAGUCCCCAAUCAUAGUGACCAUGGUCAGCCAGAAGCAGAUGCACUAGUACCAAAGGAUGAGGACCAAAACCAUAGUCUUCUAUCUGGAUUUCUGGACUCACCGGAGACACCUCAUUGAAAAGGAACAAAAAGAUACAAACGUAGGAGCCCAGCUGUUCUGACUUCUCGGUGAAGACUGAUGUACCACAAAGCUGUAGCGGAAGAGAAGAAGAAAGAAGUGGAAGAAAAACAGAAGAAGCUCAAAGAAAAGCAAAUGAGAGCUGAGGAACGAAAAAUCAAACAGAAGACGGUCAAUAAGAAAACGGGCAAAUACGGAAAGAAGAAGGAAGCUGAAGUUAGGGUCAAAUAAAAAAUAACAGUAAAACGAUGAAAAGAAGAAAAUCAAACAAAUGAUGAAAAAUUAAAUAAAGAUUAGAGAAAACAAUCUGUACACUUAUUUUUGCACUGAAUUAAGAGAAUUCAUUUCGAUGUGGAAUAUAAUAAAAUUGGUAUAAAUAUGUUUAAUUCUAAUUAGACAUAUCACAUUCUUUGCACUGCUCAAAUAAUCAGCAACUUAAUUAUUAUAGUAUUAUCUGAAUCCAAAAUAAUCACUGUAUUUGGGCAAUUAUAUUAGAUUUUCGAAUUUAAAAUCGAAAAUUGAUUAUCAAUGUCAUCAAAUGGAUCACUAACAUAACGUACGGGAACGUCUAUAAAUUAUGUCACAUAUAUUGACUUCUUCCUCAUAUACCUUCCUUUAUGCCGUGUGUUCUUAUAGCCUCAAUUUUUUUGAUUGAUUUUUUUUUUUUUUUUUUUGUGAGAAACUGCUUCCUCCUCCAAGCUUCUUCGAUCAUCACGACGUAGUUUAUGAAGGCUCCCUCAUAUUUUGAAAAAAAAAAAAACUGAGAAGCAUGCGUCGUGUUAACAGGCGUGUAAUGUCUAAUAUGAGACUAAAAUUAGUGGCCCCUAUAGUAACUUCAUACAAAUACGAUUUAUACUUGUUAAGAAGAAUUUCCAUCUUCUAACAGUUGCGUAAAAUUUCAAUGAGCCCUUUCUCAAAAGUAAAAAAAAAAAAAUUUCAUUUAGUUAUGAAAAUCUGUUUUAUCUAAACCUAAUAUGCUGCAGUUUCAUUUGAUAAUUGUAAUUCAUGGAGGUGGGCCAAAAUAUAUACAUUUACGGGAAAAAAAUUAAAUCAAGUGGUCCAAAAUAGCAGCCAACAUUCCAUCAAUACUCUCAGUAUUUCUCGGGGUUUACCCCGUAAAAUUUCAAUAUGUUUGGCUUUUUUACAAAAGGGAACAUAGUUUUAUUUAGUAUCAAGCAGAAAACACUAUAUCAAAGCACAAAACUAUACUUAUUUUGUGAAAAUGUUUUCUCACUUCGUUAGGUGGUCCAAAAUACCUCCACUACCCUACACGUUGUCUAAUACCUCUUAAUCAGCCGAUUAAAUUAGCUACGAAGUAGUAUUGUAGCUUUUAUUUGGGGCUAAGAGAACCAAAAUCGGUUGACAGAUGGCAAAGAUAUUUAAUAUGAUACACUUUGUCAAAAAUCUCAUAAAGUUCAGUUACAUAACUCCUAAGUACUCUUUGAAAAAUAUAUCAGUAACCAAAUGUCCAAUCGUUAUCAAAUUUAGUAGGAUUCUACUAUGAUGUUGUAGCUUUCAUUUUGGCGCCAAGAGAACCCAAAUCGGUUGACAAACGGCUGAGAUUCUUCUUCUUUUUAUUUGUGGCUCGACGUUCGCAUUGGAACUUGGCCUGCCUCUCUUCAACUUAGUGUUCUCAGAGCACUCCCACAGUUAUUAAUUGAAGGGCUUUCUUUGCCUGCCAUUGCAUGAAUUUGUACAUUGUGUGGUAUGCCCAGGGCGUCGAGACUGGAACGAGAAACGAACCCGCCGUCGCCGGAUUGGCGAUUCAUAGCCUUAACCACCAGGCUAGGUGAAGCUAUGGAUCGCCAAUCCGGCGACGGCGGAUUCGAUUCCCGUUCCAGUCGGGAAAAAAUCGAUGAAGAGAAAUCGAUCAUUGCAGAUAAGACUGGGUUUUGGCAUAAAUUGUUGAUUGUCUUAGAGUUUUUCCGGCUAUGCAGUCUUUGAUAAGCUAACGACGUUUGUUGUUAUCCCAACGUUUCGACGCUGCGUAGCCGGAAAAACUCUAAAUUAACCCUACAGUCGUUCAAUUCCCAAUUGUUGAUUGAGUUAGAACCAUAAAGCAAUAUUGGUAUUGCGGAACUAAUAGUUUAAUUAUUGAAAAAAAAAAUAACAGAUCUAAACCCGUCUAUUGUUCCUAUAUUUAAAAGAAGGAAAGAUUCAUGGGUAAAAUACAGUAGCUUCAACUUCAACAAUUAUUUUAACAGCAUAAAAGGAGAAAACGAAAAAAAAUAUGGCCAUUCGGCAAAAUAACUUUUUGGCCUAAUUAACUUCGAUUAAAUGGCAUUCGACCCCACGGCCUUCAGUCGAAUGCCCUAACACCAAUGAUAUUAAGAUUCUAUAGCAGUAGCCGGGGCACCAUUAACCAUAAUACCAUAAGCCCAAAUAUGUUAAGCUCACAUGUUACAAUCACCGUGAUAAGAGAAUAUAUUGGUUAGAAAUGGCGCAAAAAAAACUAAAAAGUUCAUCUAGAAAGAACAGCGGAUGAUUAAAAGAAGGAAAAAAAAUCUGAUGGAAUUAUUAUAAUUAAUUUCCUCAAGAACAAUAAUAAGUAAUUUUGCUGUUUUGCACACAAAUUAUUAUUUAAAGUGAUCAUGUUAUUGUUACGGUCAAAAAAUAUGCUUAAAAAUGACUUUCAAUCGAAAGAUAGGAAUCUUUGAAAAAUAUAAGUAAAACCAAAAAUUCCAUAUCAGUAGAAACUGGAAAGAACAUCCUAUGUGUUGAAGAAAGGAAUAUCUUUGAUGAGUAUUGAUCAAAUUCCGUCAAAAUAAUGUUUGAUCAAUUGGAUCCAUAUCAUGAUCUACGUGUUCACAAGACAAAUUUGUGUAAAUGUUCCAAUAGAAAAAAAAUAAGCUGUUGUGCGCAAUAAAAUAAUUUAAUAAACAUACAAGAUUUAAAGUAUUAAGAAGUUUGAAAGGUUUGAGUUCACAAUUUUUUUUUGUUUCAGAAUGAUUUACCCUUCUUCAAACUAUAGGCUUUACUUUAAAAGUUACUUUAAAACCAUUUCUUGUUUGCUCUUACAUCUGUUCCAAUAAUUUAUUAAACUUUCGCAUAUAAAUCUGAACAAAAAUAAAAUUUUACAUUUAUACAAUCGUUAUUGUGGGCUGAUCGAUCCCAAACAAAUAAACAAACACGAUUUAUUUUUCAAUAAGAAUGUUUUAAAUUAUCAUUAGAUUGAGAACACUUCUGGAUUGAGAACUUUGGAAAAUCUCCGGGAAAUGGAACUUUCUCUGGAAUGGUACCUUUUGGGGAAUGGUACAUUCUGGCAAAUGGUUUUCUGGGAAAGGGUUCUUUCUGGCAAACGGUUUUCCGGGAAAUUGUAUUUUCUGGCAAAUGUCUUUCUGGCCAAUGGCAUUCUGGCGAAUGGUUUCCUGGCAAAUAUCGCACAAUCCACACAGGUUGUAUGGCAUUUGCCAGAAAGUCACUUGCCAGAAUGCCACUUGCCAGAAUCCGUUUGCCAGAAUGGACCGUUUCCCAGAAAACCAUUUGCCAGUAUGCACCAUUCGCCAGAAGACCAUUCCCCAGAAAGGACAUUCCCCAGAAAAAGUUGUAUUUAUCAGAAUAAAUGUUAAUUUUAUGUUUGGCUAGAUUCUAGGCCAGAUUGAUAGCCUUGACAUUGGCCCAACAAAAUUCUUUUUGAGCAGUAUAUGAUGUUCGUUGAUUCCAGGAAUAGUUAUAGCAAUGACUGAAAAUUUGAAUCAUAUUCUAGUUACCAAUCAGUAGCGAUCUCACCUUAUUGCGUAUUAGCAAAAGUGUCAUUUUUUCAUUUUUUUUUUAUACACGGAGACAAAUUUCGUUCGUUUGAAACAAAAAUAUUCAUGUUUAUUCGAUAAACUGAAAAAAUAUUUAAAACUAAAAUAUUAAUUUUUAAAACAAACUCAAUUACAUAUUGAUUUCUACAAUAUCCAUUGAAGAGCCCCCCGUUCCGCCGUCGAGAACAUAAACAAAACUCUCAAGUUCCAGCUGCAUCACCAAACAAGAUUUCCUCUUGCAAAAAAGGCAAGUUUUACCAAAAGUUUCCACGAAAUCCCAUUGAUUUCGGGAGCGUAUGUUAUCUACAUGAUGUUGGCAUUGAAAGUGCCACGCGGGAAGUGGAUUUUCCUAGAGAAGGAAAUAAUUUUGUAAAUUUAAUUGGAAAACAAAUAUUUCCGUAGGGCCGACCUGCCACAAAAAAAAACAAAAAUUUUUACAUUUGUUUCUAACAUAACCAGUCAGAAGAUACAUGUUUGUUUCAAAAAUGGAUUGAAUUUGCUUCAAAUGUGACGUUCGAUUUGCUCCAAACAGUUUUAUUUUUGUUGCCAGAACAAAUUGACAAUUUAUUUGAGUUUACCUGGAAUAUUUUUGAUUUUACCAUGCUUUUUUCUGCGUGAUCUCUAUGUAAAAGCUACAAAAUAAACAAAACAUCUUAGUUUAUAUUGUUCAAUGAAGAUUUGUUUAACAUAUUGUUGAGGUUGAACUGUUAAAAAACUAAUCACGACAUUUUCCUUCUUUUAAGCGGGGGCUGUUCUUGAAAGGAGUGCUAAGUAUAAGAACAGUAGUUAUCUUUGAGUUGCUAAUAUUUUGGUGCCGCCUAAGAGAUGAACCAGCCUCGCGCUGAAAAUCUCUCUAAUACAGACACCUAAACCAUUUUGGUAUCAGGCUGAAAGCAAGAAGGUCCUCAGGCUGAGUGAACAUAUCGUCGGUUUCCUGCAAUAGGGGCACAACUCAAAAUUUGUCAUUUUUGAGAUUUUGAUGGCAAAUGAUGAAAAACUAUGUAAACUAUCAUCUCACAAAGACCAGUUCCGAAAUUCGUUGAAACACGCGAGAUUUUGGCAUUUUCACCAAUUUUUCGCAAUAAAGGCACAACUCAAAAUUAGUCAACUAUUUUAAUAGUCGUUGAAAAAUAGUAAUCCAAAAUUCAUGAAACAGAUAGUCCUUCAGUCCCUUUUCAUGAUACAACAAUCGAAAUUCGUUUACUUUUGUCGAAUAAUGAGAGAAAUUAGUGAACUUGUAGGAGGUGCUUCAAGAUUGCUAAUUUUCAAACGCUCAUUCUGAAAAUUCACAUUUUUUGAGUUGUGCCCCUAUUGCAGGAAACCGACGAUAUGACAAUACGGUGAUCAAGCAACAUUUGUAAUACAGUUUGUAUUUUUAAGCUCCUUAUAUUGUUGAUUCCAUAUGCGAUUUUCACUUCUUAUGGAAAAGGUUGUUCUUUUCAUAACAUUGUUGUUUGGUGGUCGAACUGCUAAAUAUCCCUUCUAACAAUUUUUCUUCUUUUCAUCAAAGGUUGUUCUUUUGGGAAUCGCUGUUUUGUGGCGAUCAAACUACUAACUCUGUAGUAGAUUCACCCUUCUUUUUGAUAAUAGGCUGUUCUUUCAAAUUACGCUGUUAAAGAUUUGGCAAGCGACAAAUAUGUUAGCAUUCCCUUCUUUAAACAAUGGGCCAUUCUUACUAGUGAAACUGUCAUUGAAUUUUGAAGUGGCCAAACUGCUAUCCUUCUCAUAAGAAAUGUAUCCUUCUUUUAAUCAAAGGUUGUUCUUUCGAGUUGCUGUGGUGCAGUAUCAUCAUCGUCUGCGGCCAUAAAGUCUCAGGUCUUUUUGACGAAGCAUUCCAUGGCAUAACGUCCAAACAAAAGGCACAAAUUUAUGAACUAUAUUUCGUAUUAAAAUAUGUCAUAUGGACCGGGCAGUAUAGUCCCGUACCUUUUAAUUUAAAUUUAAUUAAAAGGUACGAAACUGAUAACACUCAUUUGAAGAGGGUAUUCUGCUUAGAGGGUUCGAAAAGUCGGUACAAGAUAGUCCCGGAUGUUAUGAAUAGCCCUUGUGGUGGUCUUACAGCUAACUCCAUAGUUUGUUUUCCUUUUUAUAAUAGGCCAACUAAUUAUUAUUUUUUCUGAUUUUUUUACUUUUUUUCUUAAAAUUGGCAGAUUUUUUGAAGUCUAUUAUCCGAUCGGUCUAACAGGGUCUAUCUAUUCAGCCCAAAAAUAAUUCCGGCCUAAUUUCUUUCUGCCUAAUGACCCAGCAUAGAUAUAACUAUAUCAAAGUUGAUAUGACAGAGGAACUUAGUUACAUCAUUUCCAUGACAAAUUUUACCUUCCUUUGAAAUUUAGGCUGUUCUUCAUAUUUAAUUCAAUCUGAAACUUUUCCUUUUUCAAUUGAAAGAUGUUCUUUUUAUAACAGUGCCUAUAUAUCAAUUGGCAUAAUGAAUCGUAAAAAUUUAACCAAAGAUUUUAAUUUCUAUAAAGUUAGGGCCCAGGCAUUUGGGUCUCCAGU